AUGCAGCGGCUUCAGCUGGACGAACUUCCUGGAGUGGAAGGCUUCGACACGUACAAAAACUACCCGGCGUUCCUUCUUGACAUGCAGGCAUUCAGUCUAGAGACUGGAAUUGAUGCCAAGGACGAGGCCAUCGAUUUCCAAGAUGAAGCUGUCCUGAGCGCAGCGGCGGCUGAGUCCGAGGCCAAAGCGGCUUCGAACCUGGUGACUCUUCAUGCAGACAGCUUGGCCGUGACAUUUGAAGGCUCCAUGCUGCUGCUGCUGCCGCUGCGUGGGAAUGGCAAAGGGGUCCAGACAUUCUUAUUGCCGGCUUGCAUCGUAUCAAUGGGACAUGCACGAAGCUCCGACACAAGCAUCCUCCAAGAGGAUGAAGUCAUUUUGGUCAGUUUGAUCGGUGGGUGGCUCCAUGCGAUCCAGGUGUCCAGGGAUGGGCACUGCCGGACUUGGUGCCGGACGCAGCUCGGUGACACGAACCGGCCCUUUCUGAGUGCUGCGUUCAUGGAGGACUCGUCCAUCAUGGCUCUGGUGUACCGAACUGCCCGCGGUGACGCAACGAACACGCUGGGUUAUGUAGAGCUACUGGCGCUGCAGCUCAACGAGCAUGCGCCGGAGGAAGCUAAGCCACUGUGGGUGGCUCAUGGUCCUCAUCCUCCACAUGCUGCACACUGGGAGUCGGCUUACACGGGAUUUCUGGUCGCCUCCGGAGGCUUCGAGCUGAGUGCCGGUGACGGACCCACCUUGCAAACCGAAGAUGCUGUGUGCACUGUGUUUCGAAUGGAGCCUGCAGCACAGGCGGAAAUGAGGAGUUGGCUGCUUCCCAGAGGCGAUGUUUUGAGCUGCGCAGAGCAUGUGAGUGGCCUGGAAGUCGCUUUGGCACACAACUCCCAGGGCGCACUACUCUUCCGCAUGGCGGCUUGGUCUUGGUUUGCGGCCUUCCCCGAAUUCCUCCUGAAUGCACUACGACGCAGGAAUAUGCAGGACAUUAGUUCCAGUAUUGCAACUACACACGGCACACAUGCAAUGUAUGUUAGUUUGUUGGAAGUGGCGGCUCUCCUUGCUUGCGCACCUGCCUUCUAUAGAUCUUGCAUGUGCUGCAGGACGUAUGUUCUUCCACCGUGUCGCAAGCAGGUGUUUAAGACGUGUCUCCCACCUCCCCACAUAGGGUCCAACCUGACAUGCACCAAAGCCGUGCAAAAACACAGGGCGUUCUUUGUGAAUUGUGUGAGCAGCACGGUUGGAGCUUAG